UAUGGCUAAUUGGAGUUUAAAAAAGUAUUUAGAAUUGGCCAAGGGCUUCUAAGGACGUGCCAGAAAUACUUCUAAAAUUAUGAUGAUUAGAGUAUAAAAAUCCUUGCAAUAUGCUUAUGUGAGUAGAAGACUUAGACCAAGAAUUUUAAGUAAGUCUAUUAUCAUGAAUAGGACGUGAGUGGAUUUAGGCUAUUAAUGCUGGAGUGAGAGAACAUAGAAUAAGUUAUAGUCAAUUUAUUUUUGGAUUAAAUCAUUCUAAUAUAUAAUUAGAUAGAAAGAUUUUAGCUAAUCUUGCUAUCAAUGAACCAUUUUCUUUUAAAGCUGUUGUAGAUGAAGUCAAAAUAUAAAAUAGUAUGAAAGUAUUCAUAAUUUAUCAAUACUCAGGAAAAACCAUCUGAUUAAGUGUCUCUUGAUUAAGCAUAUGAAAAAGGUUUAAUUGCUAAUAAUGUUACUCAAACUUGGUUUAAGAGAGGUAUAAAGGAAGGACAUAAAUUAUAUGGUCUAAAAAGAGAAUUAACUCCAGAAGAACUUAAGAAAUUCGAAAAAGGUGAAUGAA